UCACCAUCUCGAAUGAAUCCUUUUCGUGGUUAUCGACUCGGGUAAGAACCUAGGGUUCUUAUUCUCCUGUUUUGCUCACUCCUUGCAAAUCUCGCGUUACGCAUGCGUUUCUUCUUCGCUUUGUUUAUUCAAUUGGAGCUUAGUACUGAUCUAUCGAAAACUCAAGUCCUCUGAGGUCUGUGGUUUUACUGUUCUAAAUUUUGAUAAAUUAAGGCAAAGACGAUGACUAAGAAGAAGAAUCCCCUGGUGUUUAUGGAUGUGUCGAUCGAUGGGGAUCCUGUUGAAAGGAUGGUUUUUGAGCUUUUCUAUGAUGUUGCUCCCAAGACUGCAGAAAACUUUCGUGCAUUAUGUACAGGAGAAAAAGGCAUCAGUCCAAAUACUGGAAAAUCACUGCACUACAAGGGUUCUUUCUUCCAUCAGAUCAUAAAAGGUUCCAUUGUGCAGGGUGGAGAUUUUGUCAAUCGAAAUGCCUUGUUCCAUUUGCAUGUUUCCUGUGACAAUGGGACUGCUGGAGAAAGCAUAUAUGGUUCAAAGUUCCCAGAUGAGUCACCUAGGCUAAAGCAUGAUGCUACUGGCCUUUUAUCAAUGGCAAUUGCAGACCGUGACACACUCGGUUCCCAUUUCAUUAUCACUUUGAAAGCUGAUCAUCAUCUUGAUAGGAAACAUGUAGUCUUUGGGAAGCUUGUGCAAGGGCAUAAUGUAUUGAAGAAAAUUGAAGAAUUCGGUGAUGAAGAAGGGCAUCCAACUGUAACUGUUAAAAUCAUUAAUUGUGGUGAAUAUAGCGAGGAUGGAAAGAAGGUAAAUAAAUCAAAAAUGGGAAAGAAUAAAAAAUCUUCAAAAGACAGAAGGAAAAGGAGAAAAUACUACUCAUCUGAAUCCGGGAGCUCUUCAGAUUCUGAUACAGAAUCUUUGGAAACUGAUAGUGAUUCCGAGUCAGAUAUGUCCUCAUCAUCUUACAUGAGUUCUUCUAGUGAUGACAGGCGAAAGAAGAGAAAGAGAUCUAAGAAAGAUAAAUAUAGACGGGGAAAGAGAAAAGAUAAACGUCGUGACAAGAGGCGAAGGAAAAAGGAUAAGAGAUCAAAGCGUAAAUCAAAAAGGGAAUCGGGCAGUGACUCAGAUAGUGAGAGUAACAGUGACAAUAGCUCUGAAGGUGAAAAUAUUGGUGCUCAACAUAAAGGGCUUAAGCGUAAAGAUAAUUCUCAGAAAAAUGCUGAAACAAAGUCUCCCUUGGUUGCGGAGAAAGAUUUGCCUCCUGCGCAUCAUGAAAAGGAGGAAAUGGGUAUGCUAGAGAAUGAGGAAAAAUUGUCAAAGGAAAACGGAGAGCGACGUAACAAUGGCAUUGGAGGAGCUGACUAUGGAUCUGACAGAAGUGAAGAGAGGCAGCCUGACGUUAUGGAUGAUCAUUCAGGCAAAACUAGGAGUCGAAGCGUGAGUCCUAAGCGACCCAUGAGUAAGAGUAUGAGUAUUAGUCCCAGGAGGAGUGCGAGCAAGAGCCCAAGUGUUACUCCAAAAAGGAGAUUGAGCAAAAGUCCCAGUGUUAGAAGCCCUCCUCCAUCACAGAGGAGUUUGAGCAGAAGUCCUGCCAGAAGCAUCAGCAGGAGUCCGAGCAGAAGCAUCAGUAGAAGCCCAGUAAGAGGCAGGAAUGGGAGAAGUGUCAAUAGAAGUCCAGUGAGAGGCAGGAAUGGGAGAAGUGUCAGUAGAAGCCCAGUGAGAGGCAGGAAUGGGAGAAGUGUCCGUAGAAGCCCAGUGAGAGGCAGGAAUGGGAGAAGUGUCAGUAGAAGCCCAGUGAGAGGCAGGAAUGGGAGAAAUGUCAAUAGAACCCCUGUGAGAGGCGGGAAUGGGAAAAGUGUCAGUAGAAGCCCUGUGAGAACUCGUUCUCUUAAAAGUGUCAGUAGAAGCCCUGUGAGAACUCGUUCUCUUAGAAGUGUCAGCAAGAGCCCUGUGAGAGCUCGUUCUCAAAGCCACCGGAGCAGGAGUUCUCCUAGAGCACCAUCAGGAAAAACUAUCAGCAGAAGCCCUGUAAGAGUGUUGAGAAAGAGUAUAAGCCGCAGUCCAGUUAGAUCACCUGCAAGAAGUUUAAGCAGAAGCUCUGGCUGGGUUCCUUCAAAGAAAAGCAUCAGCCGAAGCCCAGUCAGAGCACCUAGUAGAAGCAUUCGCCGUAGUUAUUCUAGAAGUCCUAGCCCUGUUCGUAGGACAAGGACACCUCGUGGGAGAAGUGUGUCAAGGAGCGUAUCACCUGAUGCUUCACCAAAGCGUAUCAGAAGGGGAAGAGGUUUCAGUGAAAGAUACUCUUAUGCAAGAAGGUAUAGAACCCCCUCCCGGUCUCCUGUGAGGUCAUACCGCUACAAUGGAAGAAAUGACAGGGACAGAUAUUCUAGUUACAGAAGGUUUUCCCCUAGGCGUUUCAGGAGCCCACCACCGCGUGGAAGAACUCCUCCAAGGUAUCGAAGCAGGAGGAGCAGGACACCAUCUGUUUCACGCAGUCCACGAUAUCGAGCUCGACGAUAUAGCCGAAGUAGGAGCCCAGUUCGUAGUAGGAGUCCAGUUCGCAGUCGUUCCCCAGUUGAUCGAUCCCGCCCCACUCGUGUGGAGAGGCGUGCAUCUUCUUCUCGGAGCAGGAGUCCAUCCAAAUCCCGGUCUAGGUCUAGGUCCAGGUCAUCCGUGGAAUCUCCACCAAGAGCAAGUAGAGACAGCAGGUCCAGGUCAUCGUCCAGAAGCCCAGAUGGAAAGAAAGGCUUGGUCGCAUAUGGCGAUGGUUCUCCAUACUAAUGUGAAAGGUGAAAUAUGUGGUGCUGAGGGCUUUGGGUCACACUGUAACCUUUAAUGAGUUGCAGGCUUCAAUUUUUGAACUUCAGCACCUGCAUUGCUUGAUGGAAUUCGUGAAUGACACUUGUUUUUCCCCUUUAGAGACAGCAAUGGCAUGUUGAAAUAUUCUAGUCCUAGAAUAAGUUAGACAAUAGGCGGUACUUGUGACAUUAGGAUGCAGCCUUAGCUGUGAAGUUGUUGCGGUAUUUGUUGGAAUGGAGACUCAUGUUGUUGCUCCAGUUAUGUCUUCGUUGGUUAGGACAUGCGUUUGAGUUUAUUGAGUUUAAUUUAUAAAAUCAGGUUUAGCUUCGCUAGACCAUUUUUAUA